UCGCUCCAACGAUCCGAUCGUUCCACGAUACGUCAUUGCAACGCGUGAAUCGGCCUCAAAUUUAUAAAAGUGCUAUUGUUUAUCGCAAUACUAUUCCUCGAGUGAUGUUUCUUUAAUGUGCACGCGGAAUCGCGAACGAACUUUUUAAUACGCUAUUAUGCGUUGACUCGUGAGACAUCUAGUCGGAGGCUAUCACGAUGCGUUUAUUCAAACGGCAAACCUGUAACACCAGUCCUCAACUAGUUUCGGCCACCCCGUUAUCUCAGGAUGGCAGCGUGCCUUUGACGGUGGUGGACGAAAAUUCUAAUCAGAGUGGCAAAAUACCCGAGAACGAGAACGACGGAUCGAGAGGAGAUUGCACGAAAGAAAAUUCCAGCGAUAAACCUUCUUCGUCGCAGUCUUGCGUGUCGAAUCGUAAAGGAAUUUCAACAUGGGGAAGGAAAGUGGGUCGAAGAUGGGAUCAGCUGAAGAGAUCGGACAGCUCCGAACUGCUUUCGGUUUCGGGUAGACGGAGACGAUGGAGUCCCAAUCCUAAAGGCACCGGCGACGACAAUGAAAAUGGUGCCAUCGGAUCGCCAGAAUUACCAAAGCCAAAGAGAAUAUCCAGGGUGGAAUCGUUACGAAACCUGUUCAGAGGUAGCGAGAGAAAUAACAAUUUUCUUAGCGGUGACGCGUCAAGGAAUGUGACGAUUCAGGAAGAAGACGUCACUUGCAUCGGCCAUUAUCCCAUGGAGAAAGCCCUAAGCGAGGGUGCGAUAAAGAACGUGCCUUUCAGAAUCAGCAUGGAUGACAGUCGAUUGAAUCGUGGAACUCUUCUGCACGAGAAGAAGAAGCAACUCAGUCGCAGUAUACAGGACCUCCAGGAACAGCAACGCGUUCUUGACUACAUCUUAAAGAACCAGAGUAUGCUAAAAACGCAGGAAGGUACUACCUUUGCGAAGGAGACCUUGAACAAGGUUAGAAGAUUGAGUCCUAACAGAACCACUGCGGAUGGAAGUAAAAGCCAUGGUUCUACGCAGACGAAGGAUUUCUUCAGCAAUCAACUCAAUAAUAUCAAGAGGAAUUUGUUUAGUUCAAGGUCAACUGAAUGCGACAGAGCGGAGACUCAGAGACCUUGUCCGACGACCGGUUUGGAGGACCUGAUGAACAACCUGCGACUAGGCUGUGACGAAAGCGGGUACGACUCUGACAGCACCCGUGCUGGAGCAGACUCUCCAGACAGCGAGCAAUCUGUGCCAGCUAUGUUGAAACCCCGUAGCUUUUCCAUAACCUCCGACGACUACCACGGUGUGGAUUUAUCCCUGCCUGCCAACACCCCGAAGGAAAGAGACGAGCCGAGCGAGACCAACGAGAACGAGGCUCCCUGUCUGGAUGACACCGUGGUAAUCGACAGCAACGUACUCAAUGAGUCGAUAGAAACGAAUACUACUGCCUUGGUAUCCGACGGCGAUGACACUUUCGAAGAGUAUUCGCAGUUCCGCGACAACUGCGUGCCUCAGCAAGUCAAACCCGAAAACACCUUGAGGAGAUGCGAGACUCCGUCCAAAGCUGCCAGCGACCUUGAGGCGAGAAUACCGUCCACUUCAGGGAGCAACGAGGUCAGUAGGAUACCUACGAAGAGGUUCGCCAGAUCGGAGCCACUUUCGCAGGCAGUAAAGCUGCAGAAGGAGCCGAGGAUAUCGCAGAUUCCCCUCAGAUCUCGGAAGCACACGCACUCGAGUACUCUGAACCUACUGGAGAACGCUGCUUCUCCUUGCAAGGAUAGUCCACCAGCCACGAAGAUCAACUCGACGAUCAGCAACACCGUGCAGUACUACAGCCCGAAGAGGACCAGGUCCAGUAUCGAGCCCGACGACUGCGACGUCAACAACAGAAACAAGAUAAAGAAGUCCACGAAGAUGGAGCAUCCUCUUCCGACCCCUGCGAAGACCCUGGUGCGUCGGGAGCUGAAGACCAUGAAGCUGACCGUAGAUAAACCUGGGAGUCUAGGAAUCUCCGUGGAGAGGAGGGAAGCUGUCAGACCUUUCUACGUGAUCUCCAAGAUGAACGUCAACGGGGAGGCAGCGAAGUCGAAGCAGUUUCGCAUAGGGGACGAAAUCGUCCGCGUUUGUGGACGCAGGUUGAGGGGAAUGUCCAUCGCGGAGGCGAGGAACGCCCUGAAGAACUGUCUGGGCACUGUCGAGCUGCAGAUAGCGAGGGAACCGACCUUCACCUUCGGGGAAGAGUUGGGUGACACCUGGGGAGACAUUCUAGUGCGAACCAGAAGCGACUCUGCUGUGUGGACGUUGAAGGAGAAGGAUGUUUCCGCUUCCGUCGACGAUAAGGACAAUAAGGUGGCGAAGGACGAGGCUAACUUGUCCAUCAGCAGCAUGGACUCCGAGACGAAUUCCAAGAAGGACUCGGAUCAAAAGAUGACUGGUAUGAGGAAGUUCUACGUGGUACGAAAACGAGCCACCACUCUCGUCUGUCCUCGAAGAGCAACCAGUCUGUCGAUGGAUCUGCUGACAAUUACACUGGACAAGGGUGCCUCGAAGAAGUUGGGUUUCUCCAUCGUUGGAGGCUCCGAUAGCAACAAAGGAUCCAUGGGUAUUUUCGUGAAGGACAUCAUAGCCGGUGGCCAAGCUGCAGAAGAGGGCACUCUGAAAGUUGGAGAUGAGAUUCUGGCGAUCAAUGGAAUAUCGAUGGAUGGGUUGACUCAUGCCAAGGCGCUGCAGACUUUUAAGGCCGCCAAGGCUGGGAAGAUGGUCCUACAUGUGGGCAGAAGAGACCCGACACAUAAACGGUUGGGUUACAAGAGAUAGAUACCGGUGACGGUAACUUUGGAUACAUUAUUCAAUCAAAAUCGUACGAUUGUCUGGACAAACUAAUGGAGACCGGAGUCGAAUGAAGAGAAUCAGUCAUUAAAAUUACACUUGUCAUGGCUCAGAAAAUGAUGUACAUAUUUCGCGUAGAGUUUAAGUCACGUUGUUUACGACUCACGAUUUAAUUUUUGUAAAUUCACGAAUGCAUUUCUUUCUCGAUUGAUACGUAAUCAACGUGUUCGCUGUAUAAUAUGUCAUUGGUUUAGAUUUAAUUAAGGCAAUUGUGAUAUCGGUUAACUAUUUUUACCAAGAAGCUGUACUUCAGUUUUCGUUUCGAACUUAAUGAGAUUAAACGACCUUAUAAUUUCACCGAUGUACCAGAAAAUUUUGCUUAAGUUCGAUUAACUGCAAUAUACGUGAUGGAAAUAUGAAGAACGUGUUUCGAGAAGAUAUUCAGUUUUUAUCCAAAGGACUUUCAUGGGCUUUCAUGUAUAUUGUAAAUUCGUGUUUGUGUUAAUAAUUACAAUAAAAUUGUACAUAGUCAUGUCCCGUUAGAUGUAGAACGCUAACAAGCUGGACUAUGGCUAUUUAGUUGGACGUAGUUCGGAGUUAACGUAUGUUUCGUUGUGAAAUAUAUUUUUGUUUGAUGACGAACUACACGAGAAAUGGAGUGGAUUAACUUAUACGAGUACUCGCCAUUUACUCACUACCCAAUUUAAAGAGUAAGAGUAGUAUUUAGUUGAUUAAUACUUUUGAGCUACUGAGACUGACAUCCAGAAUGUCUACCUGAGAAAUGCUGUGAUAUUCAUUGUAGUCGCAUUAGCUGGUAUCGUACAAAUUGUAUUUAAAAUAAAUCUGGUUUGUUAAUAAACGGUCAUCGUUAAUUUGC